AUGUCCAAAGAAGUUGUAAUCGUAGAACAUAAUCCAAAAUAAAUUAAGUCCUCAUUUCAAAGGUGGCUGGUCCUAUUCUCUUAUUCAAUUAUUGCAAUGGCUAAUGUGAUGUAAUUGGUAAGUUACAGUCCGAUUUGGGAGUAGGCAGCAAUAUAUUAUGGUAUUCCACCAUAAGACUUGCAAUGGAUAGGGAAUAUGUAUUAUAUCACAUUUUUUGUUUUGGCUCCUUUUUGCAUAAAACCAUUAUUGGUAAGACUGGAUAUAAGUUUGCAUUUGAUUGGAGUCAUAAGUGCUAUAGGGUAAUAGAGUUGA